UUUGGCGGAACUGUCGUUGGCGGACAGACUGCAGCAGCAAUGGCAGCUCCCAGCCGGAAGCAGACUUUAAGGUUUCUAAGCCAGCUGGGUGCGUUUAUUUUGACCCGUUUUGGAUUUUGGAACUGCUUCAGCAUGUUGAUGCUGUUUGCUGAACGGGCGGACUCCAAACGAAAGCCCGACAUCCACGUCCCGUACCUCUACGUGGACAUGGGGGCCGCUGUGCUCUGCGCCAGCUUCAUGUCCUUUGGGGUGAAGAGGAGGUGGUUUGCGAUGGCCGCCGCCGUACAGCUGGCCGUCAGCACCUACGCAUCGUAUGUUGGCGAACAGGUGUACUACGGGGACUGGCUUAAGGUGCGGAUGUAUUCCAGAGCGCUGGCCAUAAUUGGAGGUUUUCUGGUUCUGGCCAGCGGGGCGGGUGAGGUGUACAGACAGAAACCUCGCAGCAGAUCCCUACAGUCUACAGGACAAGUGUUCCUGGGAGUUUACCUCAUCUGCAUGGUGUACUCCCUCCAGCACAGCAAGGAGGACCAGCAGGCCUAUCUGAACCACAUCGUGGGAGGAGAGAUCACUCUGAUGCUGCUGGAGGUGCUGUUCGGGGUGCUGGCCCUGGCCUUCCUCUCCGGCUACUACGUCCGCCUGGCGGCGCAGAUCCUGGCCACCGCCCUGCCUCUGGUGAUCCUGCUCAUCGACGGCAACCUGGGCUACUGGCACCACAGCCGCAAGGUGGAGUUCUGGAACCAGAUGAAGCUGAUCGGACACAACGUGGGCAUCUUUGGCGCCGUGCUGAUCCUGGCCACGGAUGGUUGAACGCUGCGGGGCUCCCGACGACCAACUUCACAGGCCGAGAAGUCCGCGCGGCGACGGGACUGGCGGCGUUGCGCCCGCAGCCCGACUUUGUACUCGAAGCUGCUGCUCGGCGACCUCUCAGGGGUCAAACACUCCGGGCAGAGACUGUUGGAUGAAAGCGGUGUCGAUUGUCUUUUUAAAGCAGCUGGUGUGUUUUGCUUUUGCAAGAAGAAAAACACUGUUUUUGGCAGUUUGUCUGUUACGCUUUGUUACAUGACACUAAUAUUGAGUCUUAGUACUGUCUACAGAGAAUAAACCGUCUUAAAGGGUAUAAGAUUUUGCAAAUAAAGGGGAAACUUAAACUUUUGUGCUGCAGUGUCAUGGGCUUUAUGCAUUUCUGAGUUUCUUUACAGCUUGUAAACAAUGAUGUACAGAAGUGGGGACAUCCAGUUUGGCAAUUGAGCACACUUCUAAAAUAACAUUUAAUGCUAAUUGCUAAUUUUUCUGGAUGCCUGGAGCAGAAAUAACUUUUUAACACUUAUAUACAAUGAACAUUUACCAUUACAAACUAAGUGAUCAUUUAAUGGCAUACUACGCCGUGUCAGUGGUAUUCUUGUAAUGCAUUUUUAAAACUGUCUACGGAACUUUUAUUCCAACAAGAAAAAAACAUUAAGAAAAUCGGACAAAAAUGUUCUAGUUGGCAAAGUAUUAAGUAUAUUUAAUCUCUGCAAGUUGCAACAGCCAUAAAUCCUGAAAGAUUAUGUAACUUGUUUCUAAAACUACUUUUACUGUUGGAAUAAAGUGCAUUUUGCGUCA